CCCGACGCGCCCCCCCCCAUCGGAGCACCUGGCCGACCCCCCCCGCCCCCGCCCCGAGUUAGGAACCCAGCCGAGGGAGGGAGGGGCUCCGGAGGGAGAGAGGCCUUGCAAAGCCUGGUGAGGGUCGUGUGGCUGUGGCCGUAUCCUGCCUCCCGCCAUGGCAAUGAGGGAGCUGGUGGAGCCGGAAUGCGGAGGCUCCAAUCCUCUGAUGAAGCUGGCCAGCCAUUUCACCCAGGACAAAGGCCUGCAGCAGGAGGGGCUUCGGGGACCCCUAGCUUGGCCUCCCAAUGCCCCCGUGCCUGAGGUGGUGUCCAAACCUCUUGGAAGAGCUUCUGAAGAUGAACUGGUGGCAGAGUUCCUUCAAGAGCAGAAUGGCCCCCUGCUGUCCCGUGCCCCACAAACAUUCAAGAUGGAUGACCUGCUGGCCGAGAUGCAGGAAAUUGAGCAGUCCAGCUUCCGGCAGGCUCCACAGAGAGCUCCAGGUGUGGCAGCCCUGGCUUUGUCGGAGAAUUGGGCGCAAGAAUUCCUUGGCGCUGCCGACAGUACAGUGGACGUCUCAACGGAUUACAAUGAAGCCGAUUGGUCCCAGGAGUUCAUUGCUGAGGUUACAGACCCCUUGUCUGUGUCUCCUGCCAAGUGGGCCGAAGAAUAUUUGGAGCAGUCAGAGGAGAAGUUGUGGCUGGGUGAAUCGGAAGAUCAGACCCUGGCUGAUAAAUGGUAUGAGGAAUACCAGCCUGAAGAAGACCUCAAGAAAACUGCCAAUGAGUUUCUUGCAAAAGUGGAUGACCCAAAACUGAAUGACUCUGAGUUCCUAAAGUUUGUCCGCCAGAUUGGAGAUGGGAGGGUGUCCAUCGAGGCAAAUCGGGUGACCAUUACCCCCAGAGACCAGGAUCAGGCAGAACAAUGGGCAACUGAGUUUAUACAGCAGCAGAACACAUCCGAAGCCUGGGUAGAUCAGUUUGCACACUCUGCAGACGCGCUGGGCCUGCAGAACGAGUUUGAGGAAGCCAAGACUGCUGUGGAGUCAGAUGUGGACUUCUGGGACAAGCUCCAGGCUGAGUGGGAGGAGAUGGCCAAGCGAGACGCAGAGGCUCACCCUUGGCUAACGGACUACGAGGAUCUUGCCAGCUCCUCUUAUGACAAGGGAUACCAGUUUGAAGAAGAGAACCCUGUGCAUGACCAUCCCCAGGCCUUUGAGGAAGGGCUGAAGUGCCUGGAGGAGGGCGACUUGCCCAACGCCGUCUUGUACUUUGAGGCUGCUGUGCAGCAGAACCCAGAUCACAUGGAGGCCUGGCAGUACCUGGGAACGACGCAAGCAGAGAAUGAGCAGGAGCUUUUAGCCAUCAGUGCUCUCAGGAAGUGCCUGGAGUUGCAGCCCGGGAACCUCACAGCGCUCAUGGCUUUGGCGGUCAGCUUCACCAAUGAAUCUCUGCAGAAGCAGGCCUGCGAGACCCUGCGCGACUGGUUGCGCCACAAGCCAGCCUACGCUCAUCUGAUAGGGAAAGAGGAGGAGGAAGCCGGGAGCCCCAGCCCAGGCCUUGGGCCUUCCAAGCGCAUCCUGGGCUCCCUUUUAACCGACUCGCUCUUUGUGGAAGUAAAGGAGCUCUUCCUGGCGGCUGUGCGUAGCAACACCUCUGCCGUGGACCCUGAUGUGCAGUGUGGCCUGGGCGUUCUCUUCAACCUGAGCGGCGAGUACGAGAAGGCUGUGGACUGCUUCACUGCUGCGCUGAGUGCGCGGCCCAAUGAUCAUCUCCUCUGGAACAAGCUAGGGGCUACUUUGGCCAAUGGAAACCGGAGUGAAGAAGCUGUGGCAGCCUAUCGGCAUGCCUUGGAACUGCAGCCUGGCUACAUCCGCUCCCGCUACAAUCUUGGCAUCAGCUGCAUCAAUCUAGGCGCCCACAGGGAGGCUGUGGAGCACUUCCUGGAGGCCUUGCACAUGCAACAGAAGAGCCGGGGGCCGCGGGGCCAGCAGGGGGCCAUGUCUGACAACAUCUGGAGCACCCUCCGUAUGGCGCUGUCCAUGCUGGGCCAGAGUGACCUUUAUGGGGCGGCUGACGCCCGGGACCUUCCAACACUGCUGCAAGCUUUUGGGAUUCAGCAGUGACUCUUCGAUGGGCUCCCCUGCGAGUGCAGGAUGAGCCCUCGCCAGCGCUGAUCUCCCCUGCCCCCAAUCCCCAUCUGCCGACAUAUGCACACUUCAUUCAGGCAGCUUCCUUUCCCCUGCCCCGCCACCCAAUCUCACUUACCACUCCCAUGUUUCAGAGAACUACAUGUCAAUGCAUUUUCAGUUGUCUUUGGUCCAGGGCUGUUCGGUCACUCAUGGUUUUAUCUUGGACCUACCAGUGUAGAAUUGUUUCCUGUGUUCAGCAGCAGUUCGCUGGCUUGCAGGCCUCCCUUAACAUCUUCUGGGUUUGCUUUCUCCAGCGAAUCAAAUCCCCUUGAGCAGGAAAAUGUUUAUACUUUCCCCUGCACUUCAUCUGUGCGCUGAAAUUGCACCUCUGUGUAGUGUCUUCGGCACAUCGUUUUACAUGAUCAUUCUACUUAAGUGUCUUUUUUCCGAAAGGGAUGAAUGAAUCAUGGUGUGGAAUUCUGGGCUCUUGUCUUCAAAAAGGUGCUGCUAACUUUUAAGGUGCGACACAAAACGAUUGGACAUAUUUU